AUGGGAUCAGGAGGAGAAGGAGCAGAAGGCGAAUCGCAAGCAUUACCGCUAGGACCACUAGGGCAAGAUGGACGGGAAGGACCUCAGGGAAAGCAGGAAUGCCAGAGGAAGAUGGUCUGCCAGGACCACGAGGAAUGCCAGGACCACCAAGUCAACAUG